AUGUCCCACACGGUGACAGAAGUCGGAGUUGUUCGACCCCGCUACAACCCCUUGAUCAACCCGGUACAUUCCAAGCCGGUCCUCGUGGAAGAACACGUCGAGUCCCAACGCCACAUCUUCUUCUCGCGUCCUUACUUCGGCGCUCUCCUAUUCGAAAAUAGCACAUCUGACGCCCGCGAUCACUGUGCUAACGAGCGCACUUUUCUCUCAUGGCUCCGGCUGUCCAUGUACCUAGCGGUGGUGUCGCUAGCUAUCAUUAUUUCGUUCCACUUCCGUGAUCAACCAACCCACCUAGAGAGACGCAUGUCUCUGCCGCUAGGGAUCAUUUUCUGGGUCCUAAGCCUGACCUGUCUGGUCAACGGGUUUGCAAAUUACUCGCGCACGGUCAAGAAGUAUGCGCGCAAGGCGGCGUUGGUGCAGAGUGGUUGGAAGACGCAGGUUGUCUUUACGAUUGUUGGGAUAGUGAUUUUGGGCAGUUGCAUAUUGUUUCUGUCGACGGAUCCGACGCAGUAA